AUGCCUUCGUUCAACCCCUUCUCAGCCGUCACCGGCCGGAAUGCCUUCACCCUUUUCGACAUUAGGUUAGAAAACGACUUUCUUGUCUUCCGUGGCAAUGAGCACGAAGCUGCAAGUCAGCUGCUCAAGGGAGUUCUCGCUGUGUGCGUGCCCGGGCCGACCAAGAUCGAGGAUAUCCACCUGAGGUUGAUUGGAACCUUGCGCCUGAGCUGGGCGGAUACGAAAGCGACACCUAGCGGCAUUUCGAUUCAAAAGUUCGAAAAGACAACCGAGAUCCUCAGUCACAGAUGGCCCAGCUUCAUCGGCACGCCGGGCAAGAGCAUGAUCUUGGACAAGGGCAACUACGAGUUUCCCUUUGAGCUGAUGCUUCCCGGAAACACUUCGGAGAGUGUUGAGGGCCUGAAGGAGGCUAGCGUCACAUAUCGACUCAAGGCGACGAUCGCACGGGGGAAGCUGGCCUACGACCACCAUGCAUACAAGCACAUCAGGAUGAUUCGGACGCUCGACGCUUCAGCACUCGAGUUUCUCCAUGCCAUGAGCGUUGAGAACAUAUGGCCGAACAAGGUGGAAUAUUCGAUUGUUGUUCCUCGCAAGGCGGUGGUAUUUGGAAGUGCGAUCCCCUUUGAGUCCAGGUUUACUCCUCUACUUAAGGGAUUAGAGAUCGGAGACGUGACGAUACGAUUGAUCGAGGCCUGUGAGAUCCUGGCCACCUCUGCGACCGGUGUGCCCAUCAAGGAGCACAAGAAGGAGCGUGAAGUUACUUCCUGGGUUCUACCUGUGACACGUGACGAGCACUGGCAAGAUGUGAUUGAGAACACAGGACAGGAGGGCUGGGUCUUGACGGCGGAUCUUGACUUGCCCCGCAAGCUAGGCAAAUGUGUGCAAGAUGUCAACACGCAUGGCAUCAAGACUCGGCAUAAGCUCAAGAUUGUUGUGGCCCUCCAGAACCCAGAUGGGCACAUAUCAGAGCUUCGUGCCACACUGCCCGUAACAAUCUUCAUUUCUCCUAAUAUUCCUCUUGACGAAGAAGGAAACCUCGCACAACCAGUUCAACAAAACUCAUCCUCUCAGGAGAGCACCAGUCAAAUAGCGCCCCCAGGCUAUGGAGAGCACGUCUUGGACCAGCUAUACUCCAAUAUCGACAUGGCCGGAUAUCAAACACCAGGAGUCCAGUCAGGCAUGAACAGCCCGUAUAUGGCCCUUUCAAGAGCAGGCUCUAACGAAAACCUGGCGGCAAUGCUCAACGACAACACCAUAACACCAGCGGCACUAACCUCACGACUGCAAGAUGUCUCCGUGGCAGGAGGUCCUCCCCACAGAGACUCAUCCUACGCUUCAUUGGCAUCUGCCCUCUUGCAAAGUCAGAACGCUGAUACUACAGCCACCAACACGUCACCACCACCUUCAGCCCCCCUAUCCCGUCACGACAGCGGCGAGGAGAACCACUCUGGCAACCACACACCUGAGCACGUCGACUACCCGGAGCUCUCCGAGCUGAGCAAGGUUCCCAGCUACGCGACGGCGAUCCGAUCAUCUCGCGUAUUUGCCCCCGCGGCAAAUGCGCUGCCUGACUACGCCACAGCCACGAGCGAGCCGACGACUCCUGCGGUGACCACACCGGUCAUGACCCCAGUGGCGCAGACCGCCAACCCACUCGAACAGAUUCCCGAAGAUCCGUUGGAGCAGACAGGCCCCCGCAGCGUAUCCCCCGCAGCAACGCCAGCAUCGCCGAGCAGCAUGAGCACAAGCGCCGAGCAGCCACACCACAAUCACCACCACCAUCAGCCCCAGCGACCGAACCCGCGCAGACACUCUUCGUUUGGUGGCUUCUUCUCUAGCCACCACUCCCUCGGCAUGCAUCAUUUCCAUCAUCACCACGGCGAGGGCGACGAGAGGAGGAGGUUUACGUUGAUGCAGAUGCGCGACCCGGUCUCUUAG